CUCAGUAUAACUGGUUUAUUGUCCAGCUGAAUCUAAAUUUGACGAUGUAACUCAUAAGCACCAUCCGCUUUAUCUCUUUAAUGGGAUUGCAAUAACUUUAUUCAAGUAGUAUUGUGACCUCGACUUUUGACCUUUUGGAUGAUCAGUUUUUAUUUGAAAUCGAACCAGUUUUAGGUUUAGAAUUGCAAUCAGUCGUCGAUUGUUACUUCGGAUCGAUUUCAAUUGCAUGUUAUCACUUAUAUCAUUUAGUUAUCAAAACUUCACUCAGUUGAUUGACUAUGUACACUUGGUUAUAACUAGUUAUUGAAAUAAGCCCACUGGUUGACUAUAGAAUGUCGAAUCCUUUCCACGGGGGUUCUGAUGCUUUGCUGGAGCAUGUAAUGCUGCAUUACAGGUGGAUCUUCGUCAUGUUCCUGUUGCCCAUUUCGAUGCUAUAUGAUAUUUACUUCUACGCCAGGAACUAUGUCGUCUUCAAAUUAAGCUCUGCUCCAAAUCAACAUCCAAGAAAGGUGAAGAAAGUUCAACAGCAGGUCCUGGAUUGGAUCAAGAGUGGAUCAACUAAACCAAUGUGCACUGCUAGGCCAGGCUGGCAGACAAUAUCUUUGCAGAACAUGGUUUACAAGAAGCGCAUGAGUCAAAUCAAGAUAGAACUGGUAGACAUUCUGGAGGUCAACACAGAGCAAAGAUACGUUCGGUGUGAGCCACUUGUAUCGAUGGGCCAGCUGUCUCACACCCUCAGUCAAUUGGGGUGGACGAUCCCCAUCCUGCCUGAGUUAGAUGACCUGACUGUGGGGGGUCUGGUGAUGGGCACUGGCAUCGAGACAUCUUCCCACAAAUACGGGCUGUUUCAGCACAUCUGUCAAGAGUAUGAACUCGUCAUGGCUGAUGGAUCAGUCAUCGUCUGCUCAGAGGAAGAAAAUCAGGACCUCUUCUACGCAGUGCCCUGGUCCUAUGGCACUCUGGGCUUCUUGGUGUCUGUGAAGAUCAAAAUUGUACCCUCGAAGCAAUUUGUUCACAUCAACUACUUCCCAAUGCACUCCAUGCAACAAGCCAUAGAACUUCUUCGGUCAUCUCUGAGUUCGGAAAACCCAGACGAAUUCAUUGAGUGUCUCGUGUUUUCGAAAGACACGGCGGUUGUCAUGACGGCCAACUUCUCCGACAAAUGCGACAGCAAGAAGUUGAAUAGAAUUGGUCGCUGGUUCAAACCAUGGUUUUUCAAACACGUGGAGUGCAUGCUGAAGAAGAGUAGAGACGGAGUGAGUGGGGUGGUAUGCGAGGAGUGGAUUCCCCUGAGGGACUACUACCACAGACACUCUAGAUCCAUCUUCUGGGAGAUCCAGGACAUCAUCCCAUUCGGAAACAACAUCUUGUUCAGGUAUGUGUUUGGUUGGUUAAUUCCACCAAAAAUCUCCCUCCUCAAACUGACCCAGGGCAAAACAAUCAAGCGACUGUACGAACAACAUCACAUGGUCCAAGAUAUGCUGGUGCCCCUGGAAAGCCUCCAGAGGUCCCUGGAUAUGUUCGAGGAGCAGGUGUCAAUCUACCCUCUAUGGAUUUGCCCGUUUAAGUUGCCAAACAAUCUGGGAAUGCUUAGAACGGACGAUAAAAUCCCAGACAUGUUUGUGGACAUUGGCGUGUAUGGAGUUCCGAAAAGGGACAGCUUCGAUGCAGUGCAAACUACAAGAACGGUGGAAGAGUUUGUCAGGAGGGAGAAAGG